GUGUGUUUGUGUGUGUUUGUGUGGGGAGGGCGUUUGGAGGGAAGGUUACCGGGAGCUCCGUGGCCGCUGGGGGGCAGGGGUCCCGGUGACGAAGAUGGGGGUAUUUUCUCUGUCUUCCACUUGGAAGCCCCAACCCCCCCGUCAGCCACUCUAGAUACAUCUUGGGGCCCAGUCGAGGGUCGUACCCGUCCAAAGUGCCCCCAUCCGUUUUGGGGAGCGAAACCCAACCCCCGGGUCCAUCCCAGAGGAGCGUGAGCGGGGAAUGCCCCAGCCAACCAGGCCGUCCGGAUUCCGCGCCGGAGCAGCCUCCGGCCUCAGUCCGGAGAGAUAUUUGCCUGUCGGCCUGGGCUGAGGGAAAGGCGGCCGUGGCCUGGGCCACGGGUGAGGGCGGAAUAACCGGUGGGAAGGCUGCGUUUUCACGAAGGACUCGGGUGAAGCUGCAGAGCUGCCUUUGCUUGGCUUCUGGGUCGGAGGAGAUCUUGUAAUGGAGUGGUUCUUCGUCUCACACUAGCAAGAUGCCUGAUUUCCCCAGGAUCGAGGGAUUGAAGAAUGUCCCGAGUUCCCUUGGGGAAAGUCCUCCUGAGGAACGUCAUCCGGCACACAGAUGCUCACAAUAAGAUUCAGGAGGAAUCAGAUAUGUGGAAAAUAAGAGAACUGGAGAAACAGAUGGAAGAUGCGUACCGGGGGGCGAAAAGGAAAAUGUUACCCAGCAGUUCAAGCCGAAUGCGUAGUGAUGGUUUUGAUGAAGAAAGUCAAAGAGACUAUUGGAGGCCAAAGAAUGAAAUUUCUGGGGCACUGGAUGAUGAUUUUCUUAAGGCUAAAUCCUGGAACAAGAAGUUACAUGAUUAUGAAGCUAACAUGCCAGACAGAUGGGGUCACAGUGGAUAUAAAGAGUUAUACCCUGAAGAAUUUGAAACAGACAGUAGUGAUCAGCAGGAUAUUACCAAUGGGAAGAAAACAUCUCCCCAGGUAAAAUCAUCUACCCAUGAAUCUCACAAACACAAGAAGUCAAAGAAAUCCCACAAAAAAAAGCAGAAAAAAAAGUCACACAAAAAACAGAAGAAAAGCAAAAAGGAAGCCACAGAUAUAACAGCAGAUUCCUCAAGUGAGUUCUCAGAAGAAACUGGGGCUUCUAGUACCAGGAAAAGGAAACAACCACAUAAGUGCAAGAAAAAAUCCAGGAAAAAAUCUCUCAAGAAAUCUGCUUUAUUCUUAGAGGCAGAGUGUAACACUUCCCAGUCAGAUGAUUCUGCAUCCAGCAGUUCUGAGGAAAGUGAGGAAAGAGACACUAAGAAAACCAAAAGGAAAAAGAGAGACAAAAAAGCCCACAUCCCUGUAGUUAACAGUGAAAUACAGGAGAGGACAAACAAACGCACAAAUUGGAAAGUGGCUACAGAUGAAAGGUCUGCCGAGAGUUCAGAGGAUGACUAAAUGAGAAAGAAACAUGUUUCCUGCAUGACUCUGGAUAUUUACAGCUCUUACACCUUGGGGAUUUGCCAGUGACUCUAUUGCUCAGCACAGGGGGCCUGAGGUCAGAGCUGUCCUGUGCCAUCUAUAUACAUUCUGACAGACUUCUUGUCUUCUAUUUUGGCCUGUUAAACUUGAUCCUCUUAUUGUUAAUAGGGAGUCGGUUAUUUUGUUAUGAAGGUUUCUUGAAGAGAUUAUUUUUUGUGAUUAAUCACAUUUAGCGUAGAGUGCAUAUGCAGCAAAUUAAAGGACCCGGAAAGCUGAAUCCAGUAAUGACCUGGGUAUACCAAUUGGAAUGUUGAAUUUGGGGAAAGCAAGGGCUGGGGGUCAAGAGAUGGAUUGGAACUAGUGCUGUAUACAAUGGUAUGAUAAGGGAACAUCAUGUUGCUCUUGUCUGUUUACAUAGUAGGUGCCACAACUUGACUUUGUCUUUAGCCUUGGUGCUUUGAUCUUUCUCUUUUUUGACCCCACAGGUGUGGUCCAGUUUACUUGAUGAGGAAAUGAACAUAAGAACAAACAUUUUCCAUUCAUGAUAACAUCCAUAGACAGCUGUUAUUGGGAGACUAGGAGUUUUUGACAAAUUUCCCUGUUGGACAGGGUCUGUGGCUACACUCAGUAUACCCCUAAACAUGGUAAUUGGAUAGUAAAAGGUUUUCUAGUUCCAUUGUUUAUUGCUUAAAUGCACUUGUGUUCAGAAUUAUUUCUUCAGUUCUCUUAGGUAAGUCCUCAACCAAAUGAGGAAGAAUUAGGCAUUAGUUGUGCUAAUGGUGCUCUGAACAGGAUUCAGGGCAGCAACAGCUAUUUAAGUGUUGUCUUCCUUGUUCAUUUCUUAAUCUGUUAAUGAACUUUAGAUUUUUCCUGAAACUAGAUUGAAUCAGUUCCAAAAUGAAAUAGGCUUCUCAGGGACAUAUCCGUUUCUUCCUAGUCUGCCUUUGGAUUAAAGCACCAAGCAGAGACCUUGUUAUUUCCCUUUGCUAUAUACUGUGAUCCCUACUAUGUUAAUUCUUAAGAAACCAAAAUAUCACUGGAAGAAGGCUGGCAGAACACAUGAAUUAUUUUCAUUACGGCAGAUCAAGUGACAUUGUUUUUUCUUGGUCGUCACUUCAUGGGUGAAGUAAAGCUUGAAGGCGCAGACUUUUGGUCUUGGUCUGCCAUUCAUUGGUUAUGAGGUCCGGAGCAGGUAAGUCAACCUCCCUGGCCUUACUUUCCCUAUGUGUAAUACAGAAAUACUUCAUGGUAGCAUGACUGUAUGACACCAGCAAUAGACUAUGACAACAUUCCAUGAGGUGAUAAUAUUUUGUAGUUCUUAACUAUUAAAUUUGUUCUCUUUACAGAACAGAUUUCUAAUAAAAUGCUUAGUCAUAAAAUACAUGGUUGGCCAGAGGUUCCCUAUCCCUUGAUUAUAAGCAGGUGCUACUUUUUGGGAUAUUUAUUUGAAAUAUUAAUACUUUGGUACUCAAUUGUUGAUGUCCCAUGGUGCAUAUUUUUACCUUUGGGAUUAUUAGUGGCCCAAGCAGGGAUGAAUAGUCUAUAUAAUUACUACCUCUUAACCUAAUGCAAUUCUUUUGUUCUUGGAGCAAGUGAAAUCUUCGUGGGAAGGAGUUUUUUUUUUUUUUUUUAGCAUAGUUUCUGUGCUAUUAAAGUACUGAUUCUAAGCACAGACUCAGGAAGAUGGGCCAUUGGAACAAGGCUUCUCCAGGAAGUUGGUUCUGUUUGGGUCUUGACCUUCCCUUCCUCUCAUACUAGCAGGCCUCUUCCCAGUGAAUACACAUUUUGCCUGUUCUGUUUUUUGCCAUGUUUACCUUUUCUUGGUCCUGUGUAAGCAAUAAAGCUGUUUUCUGUUCUUCACCUUUCUCAACCCCAAAUUCUCUUCUAUGCCUUAGGGUAAGGCUUUGAUGGUUCUUCCAGCCCCCUUAAAUAUGGCUUAGGGUGGCUCUUCAAAACCUAAGAUCUCUCAUUUGCACUAUUGGCCUUGGAACAUAGUUGUUUCUAAUGUUCCUGCCAAUCAGAGAUCUAUAUAUUAAACCCUAAAAUGGGAUUUAAAAAAAGAGAGUUGGAGAAUUCACAUUUAUUGAAUAAUUGUUGUGAUACAAGAUGGAAUUUCUGAAUUCCCAAUAAAUAAAUUUCACUUUUUGAACAUUUGAUCUCUUACUUUUUAGCACCAACAGGCUUGGUAACAGCCUGAAGUUAACCUGACAAUGGGUUGACAACAUUCCCCUGCUGGCCCUUCAACCUGCUUAAUAAUAAGUCUUUUGCUUCUUCAGUCAUUCUCCCACGGGGUGGCCUACUGCCCUCCUUUCUGUACAAUCUGGGCAAACCGACUGGUGAUAGCAAGAGUAGUGUCAAUGAAGCGGUCCACACAGCUAGAGAGACAAUUUUCUGUGCGAGAGUCUAGGCGAUUCCCUGGCUUCUCCACACAUUUAUCCCAACAUAACUCCAUGAAGUGAUGCACCUAAGAAGAAAAGAAAAAUAGUAACAACUUGGGGUCUGCAGACAGGCCUAACUCUAUGAAUUUUCUUAUUUCCUUCCCAUUUUUCUCAUUUUCUGUCACCUGACUAAACUAUUCUUUGACUCUCUCCUCACUUCUAAUUUGUCACCAAUAUGGACCAACUCCUCAUCCCUACAUUGAAACAAUCCUUUUAUUCUCUCCUUUUCUAUUUUUCUUAGUAAUUAAAAAAUAUGUACUUUCCAUCAAGUCACCCUAAUGCAUCAGUUUCUCUGUUAGCCACUGAGGGCACUCCCUUAUUUAACACCCAACCCAUCUGUUUCAAUGAGGUCCACACACAGCAUACUCAACUUGACUCUCAAUACUCCUCCCUAAAGAUUUUUCCACAGUUUAAAUUAUUACCUCCUUGAGAGCACUGCCUAUUAUUUUCUAAUUGUGUCACUUCCUUAGUCAGAUAGAAAAUCUCAGGCAGGAUUAAUACCUUCUUUUAUAUUUCCAAACUAGCACCAGCGUAAGCUGGGAGGCUAUGGUACCAAUUAAUUCCCCCAAACCACUGCACUCAUCUCAUUCUAAACCUAUUCUUAAGUAGUUCUUAACCUUUUCGGGGUCAUGGACAUAUCUGAGAAUCCGAUGAAGGUUACGGGCCCAAUCUACAGAAAAAUGCACACACAGGCACAGAAAAUGUGUGCACUUUCAUAAUGUUCAGCACCCAAAGAUUUCUAACCAGGGUUCUUGCUACUUAUAUUCAGCGAACUCUCCCCUUCCCACCCCCUCCCCCCCUCCUCCCAACACGGGGGAAUAACCAUUUACCAAGGGCUUAACUACUCUGGGAGGCUGGGUACUAAGCAGUCAAUCCUUUCUGCGGUCCUAAAAGAUGACUAUCACCUCCGUUUAAGAGGCACGGUUAAGUAACUAGGUUUAGGGUUAGUCAUGCAGCUAGAAAGGGGCAACGCCGCGGUUGGAACCAUGCUCCAAAACUCUUAUUCUAAACUAACAGUCUAGACCGACUACUUCAGAGCCCACCUUGAUCCAAUAAUGCUCUACUGCUCUAUCGUUUUCCAAUACAUUAUUGCAUAUGAUCCUCGAUAUCCAGUGAGGCAGCGGGCGACUGCGAAACCAAGACUUACAGUGGACGGGCGUUUUGUCUAUGGGCACGUGACCUGUAAGGGGCAGAGGCAAGCUUAGAACCGGAAUCUUCCGAAUGCCAGCCCAGAGAGCUCACCGCCAAGCUAGGCUCCCGUGCCUUUGUGUCGCCCGCGCCUUUCUUCGCUUUACACCUUCUCUUUCCCCCCACUACAGCCUUGCUUAGAGGGUACCUGAGCACUACGGAUCACCAGCGGC